GGUGCAUACUUGCUCACUCUCUGAUGGAACACGUGUAUCAGCUAUCUAGCCUGUGCUGAAGUCAGCAGUGAAGAAGGUAAGCUAACAUGUAAUUUAGAGUCCAAAAGCAGACAAGGCUUCUGCACCAGCAGCAACCAAGACGGCUGAGAAUUCAGCAUUAGCAAGUGAACAUGGCUGCAUUUGCACAAACUUCUUAGUCCAGAACGGAAAAAACUGCCACAUGGACACACCGCCUCUGUAGUUUCAUUUUAUUUAUUUCUGGGUUUUUUUUUUUAACAUGAUGUCAGUUAAUUGAUUUGUGUGGGGAAAUUUGGUAUGUGUAUUUUCUGUCUGACACACAAUGUUCAAACAUCUGUGUCCACUGCCCAUAUACAGGUUUCUGGGCUUCUGCAUUUAAGCUGAGAGCUUCAAGUGUUGAGUCAGGAUAGUGAAACGUCUCCAGACUGUAAAGGACCACAUAGCCAUGAUAACUUGUUUUGCACACUCUUCCUUUAUGUAUUGAUAGUGUGUAUUGAACACUAUGUCAACCGCCCUGAAUUUAAGAUAAAUUGUCAAACCAAUCUUACUUUUUAUUUUUAUUUUAUUUUAUGAUUUGCCUGUCAAGUCUGAGGCUUUCCACUAUCCUGAACACAUCACAAGUCUUGCCCUUGACCCAGGAUUAAUUUGGCUCAUUGCAUUUACACAGAUUUCUGGAGACAUGGCCACAGAACAUAUUAAUGGAAAUGGUCCAGAAGAACCAAUGGACACCUCUGCUGCAGUUACCCAUUCUGAGCACUUCCAGACUUUAUUAGAAGCUGGUUUACCACAGAAAGUUGCUGAAAAACUAGAUGAAAUUUACAUAGCAGGUUUGGUGUCACACAGUGACUUAGAUGAUCGAGCAAUUGAAGCUCUGAAAGAAUUCAACGAGGAAGGUGCUCUGCAAGUCCUUUUGCAAUUCAAGGACAGCGACCUCUCACAUGUUCAGAACAAAAGUGCCUUUCUUUGUGGCGUGAUGAAGACGUACAGACAGAGAGAGAAACAAGGGACCAAAGUGUCAGACACCAACAAAGGACCAGAUGAAGCCAAAAUCAAAGCUUUGCUGGAGAGGACUGGUUAUACACUUGAUGUGACAACAGGCCAGAGGAAGUAUGGAGGUCCUCCACCAGAGUCUGCCCACUCCGGGGCACAGCCCACCAUUGGUACAGAGAUAUUUGUAGGCAAAAUCCCUAGAGACCUUUUUGAGGAUGAGCUGGUUCCGCUGUUUGAGAAAGCAGGGCCCAUCUGGGACUUGCGCCUGAUGAUGGAUCCUCUCAGUGGCCUGAACAGAGGCUACGCCUUUGUCACUUUCUGCACUAAAGAAGCUGCACAGCAGGCUGUCAAAUUGUGCAACAACAAUGAAAUUCGACCGGGUAAACACAUCGGUGUGUGCAUCUCUGUGGCCAAUAAUAGACUGUUUGUUGGCUCCAUCCCCAAGAGUAAAACAAAAGAGCAGAUUGUUGAAGAAUUUGCAAAAGUCACAGAGGGUCUAAAUGAUGUCAUAUUGUACCACCAGCCAGACGACAAGAAGAAGAAUCGUGGCUUUUGCUUCCUGGAAUAUGAAGACCAUAAGACGGCAGCUCAGGCCCGCCGUCGGCUGAUGAGCGGCAAGGUGAAGGUGUGGGGAAAUGUGGUCACCGUGGAGUGGGCCGAUCCCAUUGAGGACCCUGAUCCGGAGGUCAUGGCCAAGGUCAAGGUGCUGUUUGUGAGGAACCUAGCAAGCACUGUUACAGAAGAGAUACUUGAAAAGGCCUUUAGUCAGUUUGGCAAGUUGGAGAGGGUGAAGAAAUUGAAAGACUAUGCCUUCAUCCACUUUGAAGAGAGAGAUGGUGCUGUAAAGGCUUUGGCUGAUCUCAAUGGAAAAGACCUUGAGGGAGAGCACAUUGAAAUCGUCUUUGCCAAGCCCCCUGACCAGAAGAGGAAAGAGCGUAAAGCCCAGAGACAAGCCGCUAAAACACAAAUGUAUGAUGAAUACUAUUACUAUGGGCCUCCCCAUAUGCCACCACCCACAAGAGGCCGAGGACGUGGUGGUCGGGGAGGUUACUCCUACCCUCCUGACUAUUACGGCUAUGAAGACUAUUACGAUUACUAUGGAUACGAUUACCACAACUACCGGGGAGGCUAUGAUGACCCAUACUACGGCUAUGACGACUUCCAGGGGACUGGGAGAGGACGAGGAGUGAGGGGAGGAGUCCGUGGCGGCGCCAGUCAGACCAGGGGCCGCGGUGGAAUCACACCGAGGGGCCGAGUGGGCUUCUCCCAGCGAGGAGGCCCUGGAACAAGCAGAGCAGGGAAGCGGGGCCGAGGGCGGUCCUGACCUGUCACAGUGGAUACUGACUUGAUGUGUGGGGUUACACCGUAAGCUGCAAUGGAUGUUGAAACAAAAAAAGAGCACGACAAAAAGGUCCAAUGAUAUUCCAGCCUUACAGAAGAAGCAUCUCCCCUCUCCCCAUGUUUUUUUUUUUUUUGUUUUUUUUUGUUUUUUUUUUCUGAAACUGCCACCUUAAAAAGAUGACCGGAGGAUUUUAAAUACUCGCCACAGCCUCUUUUUGCCCUUUGCCCCUGUAACCAGCCCUGACAUACAGGGUUCUAUGUAUUGCCCUAACAAUCUACCCCUUCCCUGUCCCUGAACAUGCCAUUUUUUAAUAAUUAUUGAAGAAUUUGCACUUUUUAAGUUCUUAGGUUUGAAGUGGCUCAAAUGAGCUUGAUGCUAUUGUAUAUUUUUGUGCUAAUCGCAAUUUUUAUUGUCGGAAUAUCCAUGUUAAUCUUAAUCGUUUGAUCUGGAUGUUUGAAAGAGAACAUUUGCAGGUUUUUAGGGUGUACCCACCUGGCAUGGAUAAGUCAGGCAUUCCAGGAAAGUGGUUCUUUUCAGAACCUGUCUUUAAAGGGUUGGUUGACUACCUCAGUACAGAGGACUAAACUACCCGGCCUGUACUGUAAAUAGGGAAACUAUAUUGAUGAAAGCAGGGCUUGUUUUCAUACAAAAUAUGCACAAGAGCUGCAGCGCAAAAAGCGAUGUACUUAAUGUAAUAUAGUCAUUUUAGCUGCAGCUCUGACACUGCAAACAGUCAAACUGGGCAUGCAAAACAAUCUCAUAUGAUGAGUCUGAACAAGCCCUGCUUUUAUCCUAUUUUGAACUGAAUUAGCCGCCUUGCUUCUUCAGAGUAUGUAGUUACUGGUUGUAUAGUUUUCGGAUAAAAUGUUACUUUUGUAAAUGCGUCAACAUCACAGGCAUCCAACUGCCUUUGAUUAAAAAAAUAAAAAACAAAAAUAAAGCCCUGCAGUGUCCCUUUUGUGCCACUGUAUUAUUCCAGUGGGUUUGUUUUUAUCUUGAUACAACACAUUUUCAACCAACAUAAGAAUAAUGUAAAACAACCUAAUCAGUCCUUCAUCAUGUUAAGAUCAUGUUAAUCUUGAAUGAUCCCUUUCCACCUCCCAAGACAGCAAUUAUGUAGAAGAUCUCUCAAGUUAAUCUUGAUGGAUGACUGAAUUGCCAUAUUGCCCAGCCAGUGAGCAUGUGUGCCUAAUGUUAGCUGCAAUGAUUUGGUGAGGGAUCAUUGCCACAUAGUGGUAGAAGGGAUACUGCAGUGAAUGAUUUCUAUUUCCAGGUAUAGCAAAAAGGAAACUGUGCUAUUCAAUCCCAGUUUUCUAUACAGUUAACUCCCUCAGUAAAAUCAUAACAACCACCUUUUGAAAAAAAGAUGUUAGCAGUUUUAAACUAUUGUUGGUGGCCAACAACGUUUUUUGCAUUCCUGCAAAUAAAUUGUUUUAUACUGUAAAAUGGAGGUGAGUGUAACUUAUUUUUGUAAUAAAGUUUUUGAUUUCUA